AUGGACCAGCAGCAGUGUAUCAUUGAUACCCACCACAUCACGACACACACCAUGGGCAGAGGAGAUCUUGGCCGAGGGGAGGGGAAGAAGAGGCUGCGCUACAUGCUGAAGGACGGUAGCUGCCCCGUGGUGUUCCACCAAUCCCCGGGCCAGUGGAGCUUCUUCCUGGCCGACAUCUUCACCACGCUAGUGGAGCUCCGCUGGAGGGUCAUGCUCCUCAUCUUCUGCCUCUCCUACGUCCUCUCCUGGCUCUUCUUCAGCGUCCUCUACUUCCUGAUCGCCUACGUCCACAAAGACCUGGAGGACCAUGACUCGGCUCCGUGUGUGGCGAACGUCCGCAGUUUCACCUCCGCCUUCCUGUACUCCAUGUCGACCCAGGCGACUAUCGGCUACGGCUUCCGGGUGAUGACGGAGAACUGCAUGGUGGCCAUCGUAGUGAUGACUAUCCAGGCCCUGAUGAGUUGCUUCAUCGACACAGUCGUCAUCGGCAUCACCGUGGCCAAAAUGGCGUGCGCGAGAAAGAGGGCGCAGACAGUGGGCUUCAGCAGCUGCGCUGUGGUCAACGCUCGCGACGGCGCCCUGUGCCUUGUGUGGCGUAUUGCCGACUUCCGCAGGAACCACAUCCUGGAAGGCACCGCCCGGGCACAGCUGGUCCGCCCCACGAAGCACCCCUCUGGGAUGAUCUCUGUGACCUACCAGGACCUAGACAUCCAGAGUAGACACCUCAUCCUGGCCACCCCGGCCAGCAUCGUUCACAAGCUGGAGCCUGGGAGCCCCCUCUACAGCCUGGGACCGGACAGCCUGACGGAGGAGGACUUUGACCUGGUAGUGUCCUUCACCUACACCGGUGACUCCACAGGAAUCCUGCACCAGACACGUACGUCUUACACCCCGGCGGACAUCCGCUGGGGCCAGCGCUUCCAGGACAUGGUGCAGGUGGGGAGGAGGCACUACAAGGUAGACUAUGCCCUGUUUCAUCAGACCACCUGGGUGCAGACACCCAUGGUCAGCGCCCAGGAGGGGGACAGGGGGAGACCGCCGACCACUGAGUCUAUCGUCCAAUCGCAGCAGCCUUUUGUGAGAUCGAGCAGGAAAUUCCGGAGGUCCUUGGCUGAUGUCAGUGAGGAGGUGGUUCAGGAGGCGUGGCUCUGAUGACGCUGUGAUAAUCCCAAAACAGCAGAGACAGAUAACUACAUUGUUACAUUAUCGUUAUAUAGUACAUUAUCACACAGGACUUCA